UCUCUCAAGUGGUCGACAUUACGCCGCGCCGGAGAGUCCUAGCGCCUGCGUAAUGUCAACCACGCGUGCAGACCGAAGUAUAUAGGAGCGUAGCUGCUCACCGCGAGCGUCACAUUGCGUUCCCCGACGUACAUCUAUCAAAGGCUGAAGUUCGGAAUACUUUGAGUGGUCGGUGCACCCCAACUUCGGGCCGCCGAAGGAUCCUCUUCCUCGAAGACACCGGGCGAAGACACGUCGCGCUCGAUAUAUCGAGGAUCGAACGAGAUCGAACCCUUCCGGAGACGAUAUACAUUUUCGUCAAAGGGAACCGGACAUCCGCAUGUCGUAAGUCGAGGUAGACUUCUAUCGGCGUGGUAAGAACGUAACAUCCGACGACAGGAUUCAGGAUCACGCGCGAUUAAUAUGGGCAUCAGCUUCAUUCCGUUCAUCGUGGUAGCUAUGGUACCGAUUAUCACCGGUAAUUUUGGACAGCGUGUCAUCGGGAAGAGGAACUCCGCGGACAGCAAUAUCGCUAAUGUCGAUUAUCCCGAUUACUCAACCAAAUACGAUGAUUAUCCGGUAGUAGUGCCAAAGAGGGCGGCCCUAUUAUUGGAUCAAUUGAUGGUAGCUCUACAGAAGGUCGUUGAUAAUCAGGGAAAAAGCACGGUUGGAGAAAGCAGAGGCAUGAGCAGAGGCAUGAGCAGAGGCACCAAGGUGUCGGCUCCUCGAUUUAUAGCUAACACGGAAAUUGCGGAUGACCAAACGGUAGUGAAUUCGAUGGAUUUACAACGACGCGGACAAGCCAAAGGUCAAGUUUAUUGGCGCUGUUACUUCAAUGCCGUUACGUGCUUCAAGAGGAAGUGAUAAUGACCAUGCCGCCGUCAGUUCUCCUCAAUUCCGAAGACCGAGAGUGCGCCGUUUCGUAUCAUUUCCUCGACUUAUAGCUGCAGCAACACGACAACGAGAUUGUAGCAGUGCUUUCCCCGGCUAGAGUGUCAAGUAAUUAAGUGAAGAUCAAGAAUGUACAGUAGCACAAAUUUGCGCAGUUACUCGUAUUUGUCGAAUGUCGAGUCAACGAUUCUCUUCUUCCGGCGCGCCAAACAAAUAUCUUUGUCCUUCCUCUUCAGCGACUAUCGCCGUCCCGUCUCCUCUAUCGGAUCACACAAGCGACAUACGUAGGGAAACAUUAUCUAUGCAUAUAUUUACUUCUUCUCUAGCUUAUAAAGUAAAUGAAUGAAGGUCUAUAUCCCUAUUAAAUGACCCUCUUCAAGCAUAUCAACUAAAAUGAAAUAGUUGGGUAUAAACCUAAAUCUUAUGCAGAUUUCCUUGAGUUCUGCUUUAUGCAAAUGGAUUACUCUUUUAGAUGGCAUCCUUACUUUUUAUGUCCUAUAUACUAUUUUCUAUCUUUAAUGUUAUUCGAUGAGCGUAUUAAAAAAAUAUACGAUUUUCAUAAUA